CCUCCGGUGUUACGAUAACUCUAUUUGUUCAGCCUAUGACCUUGGCGCCUGCCGAUACGAGAACUGUUAAGUCAAAACAAUCUCUCCCUCUCGUUCUCGAACGCUCUCAGAACAUGAACAGCAGUCCAGGCAGCGGCGGCACAAGCUCGGAUGGCUACGCGGGCGACAUCAGCUCGUUCGCGUACGACAUGGUGUUCAUAAUCGGUUUCAUCGUCCUCGUCCUCGUCAUCACCCUCUCCUCCUACCUCUGCAUCCGUGCUAACCGCCGGGCGGUCAUCCCGGCUAGGAUUGUGCUCCGGCGAUUCGACGUCGAGUCGGCCCAAGCGCGUAGGGGGAUCGACGAGGCCACACUCCGGGGCUACCCGACGGUGCUGUUCUCGAGCGUGAAGCACCACGAGAAGAACAACUCAGCGGACUCGAGCGAUGGUGUUGGCGGUGGUUCUUGCUCGAUAUGCCUGGGAGAAUACAAGGAGAGCGAUGUACUGCGACUGUUGCCGGAGUGCGGGCACUUCUUCCACAUGAAGUGCGUCGAUCCGUGGCUGAGAUUGCACGCCACGUGCCCCGUCUGCAGGAAGUCGCCGGUGCCCGUGGCCGUACGGGCCGAUGGCAAUUCUCACGGCGGAGACAGGUAAGUUAGGCGGUUGAUUCAAUGCUUUGUGGAUAUCCACUGUUGAUACGCGUCUGUAGCAUUUACGAAAUGAAGCACUGAAGUUUUGAAUCCUCAACGUUUUGAAA